AUGCCAGAAUUCGAAUCGGAAGACGAAGAAGAUUUACAGCCUUCUUAUAGUCUUUCAAGAAUUCUCUUAUUAGCUAGUAUUGGAAUUGCCAGAAACAUUCGAGAAUGUCAUAUCCGUGUAUCGGGGUUUGUGCGCACUGUCAUACCACAGUUUACGGAUGCGGAUUUUCAAAGCCAUUUUCGCAUGUCCCGCCCAUCUUUUGAAGCGUUGGUUGUGUUUUGCGACACCCACAAGCUUCCGGAUUCCGCAAUUUUUCCACAUCGUUCAAUACAACCAGUGCCGAUGAACGAAAUGUUGUACAUCACGUUGUGGUAUUUGGCUAAUCAAUGUAUGCAUCGGGAAAUUUCAGUGCUUUUUGAUCGAUCCAUAUCGACGGUUUGGAGAUCUGUCAACAAUAUUACAAAGAUUAUUGAACGACAUCUCCAGAGUUUCAUCAAAUGGCCAACAGCUGAAGAGGUUCCUGUUAUUGCAGAAAACUUUCGACACAUUGCCGGAUUUCCUGGCGCAAUAGGAGCUAUGGAUGGGACACAUAUAGAAAUUGUUACACCGUCUGAAAAUCAGAAAGAUUACAACAACCGGAAAAUGCGCCAUUCCCUCAUAUUAUUAGCUGUGUGUCUCCCAAACCGUGCCUUUUCCUACACCUUUGCUGGAUUCCCUGGUAGUGCGAAUGAUUCAAGAGUUUUCCGCUGCUCUGAUUUGGGAGUCCGUCUUGACGAAGAUCCGACUUCCCUUUUCCCUGGUGCACAAUAUCAUUUAUUGAGUGAUUGUGCAUUCUCAUGUUCACCUCAUAUCAUGCCUUCCAUAAAAACAAGUCUUGCUAACACUGUUAAAAAAAGAAACUACAACACGAUUUUAUCAAAAACCCGAAUCAUAAUCGAGCACGCAUUCGGGGCCUUAAAAAACACAUGGCGCCGACUGCGAUAUAUAUAUGCCCAUGUGAAAAAAGCUUCACGGAUUAUCUCCUGCUGCUGUGCUUUACACAAUUUCCUUAUAAGCAGAGGAGAAAGAAUGGUUAAUUACCGUGCACUCGAUGCUGAUAACGAAAAUGUUGAUGAAAUUGCUGAUGACUGGUUCGAUCUUCAAUCCGGAAUCCAGAAAAGGAAUGAGAUAAUUGACCUGUUGUACUAUAAUAACGAUGGUGACUAUGACAUGGAAGACGAUGAAUAA